ACCACCCCUUACCUUCCCUCUACCCACGACUGCUCUUCUCAAGACGCGGGGCUAGGUCUUAUCUUCGCUGUGCCUCCUCGUCUGCUCAUCGCGCCGUGCUAGGUUUCCCGAGGCUCGUCUCCACCCCCUCCUCCUCCUCUUCCCGACGUACCUUCUCGAGCACCCGAUUAGCAGCCAUGACAGCUACCAAGAUCGAUGGCACCCAGAUUGCCAAGAACAUUCGCGAGGGACUCAAGACUGAGAUCCGCCAGAUCCAGGAAUCCAACCCCAGAUUCAAGCCUAGUCUGGUUAUCUUUCAGGUUGGCAACCGAUCGGAUUCCAGCACUUAUGUGCGCAUGAAGUUGAAGGCUGCCGAGGAGACAAACAUCCUUUGCAAGAUCAUCAAUUUCCCGGAGUCUGUUACACAGCCUGAAGUUCUGCAAGAGAUCAUCAAAGCCAACAAUGACCCCUCGGUACACGGUAUUCUGGUCCAGCUGCCCCUCCCCAAGCACUUGUCCGAGCACACUAUUACCUCCGCUGUCGCGGACGAGAAGGAUGUCGACGGAUUCGGUGCUAUCAACAUUGGAGAAUUGGCUAAGCGAGGUGGCCGGCCUCUCUUCCUUCCCUGCACGCCCAAGGCUGUCAUGAAGCUUCUGCAGGAGAGCGGCAUCGACCCUGCUGGUAAGGAAGCUGUGGUCCUUGGUCGCAGCGAUAUCGUCGGAAGCCCCGUCAGCUACUUGCUGAAGAAUGCUGAUGCAACCGUUACCUUGUGCCACUCGAAGACCCCCGAUAUUGCUAGAAUUGUGAAGACUGCCGAUAUUGUUGUUGCCGCCAUUGGACAGACCGAGUUUGUCAAGGGAGAGUGGCUCAAGCCCGGUGCCAUCGUCAUUGACGUUGGUAUUAACUACAAGGCCGAUGCUACUCGCAAGUCCGGCCAGCGACUUGUUGGAGAUGUCGAUUAUGAAUCCGCUGUUCAGGUUGCCUCUCAGAUCACUCCCGUCCCCGGUGGUGUUGGGCCCAUGACUGUGGCCAUGCUGCUGGAGAACGUGGUGACUGGGGCAAAGGCCUACUUCGAGAAGCAGAAGGAUAGACAUAUUACUCCCCUUCCCAUCAAAUUGGCCAGUCCUGUGCCCUCCGAUAUCGCCAUCUCUCGUGCGCAGUAUCCUAAACCGAUCACUCAGCUUGCCGGGGAGAUUGGCAUUGCACCCCAUGAGCUCGAACCCUACGGUCACACUAAGGCCAAGGUCAGUCUCUCCGUUUUGGACCGCCUGUCUCACCGUCGCGAUGGUCGGUACAUUUUAGUCUGCGGUAUCACUCCCACUCCUCUUGGUGAGGGUAAGUCGACCACCACCCUGGGUCUGUCCCAGGCUCUUGGUGCCCACUUGAACCGCAUUGUUUUCGCCAAUGUGCGCCAGCCCAGCCAGGGUCCUACAUUCGGUAUCAAGGGUGGAGCUGCUGGCGGAGGUUACAGUCAGGUCAUCCCGAUGGAUGAGUUUAACCUGCACUUGACUGGCGAUAUCCACGCCAUCACUGCCGCUAACAACCUUCUUGCUGCCGCUAUCGAAACUCGUAUGUUCCAUGAGGCCACCCAGAAGGAUGGUGCCCUCUACAAGCGCCUGGUUCCUGCCAAGAAGGGCAAGCGCGAAUUCCAGCCCAUUAUGUACCGGAGACUCAAGAAGUUGGGUAUCACCAAGACCAACCCGGACGAACUCACUGAGGAAGAGAUCCGCCGCUUCGCUCGCCUUGAUAUCGACCCUGAGACUAUCACUUGGCGCCGUGUUCUGGAUGUCAACGACCGUCACCUGCGCGGAAUCACCAUUGGGCAGGCUCCCACUGAGCGCGGUCUGACGCGCGAAACUGGUUUCGAUAUCUCGGUCGCCAGUGAGUGUAUGGCAAUUCUUGCGCUGAGCAACAGUCUCGAAGACAUGCGUGAGAGACUGGGACGUAUGGUUGUUGCCACUUCGCGAAACGGCGACCCCGUCACUUGCGACGACAUUGGUGCGGGUGGUGCUCUCGCAGCUCUUAUGAAGGACGCCAUUAAGCCCAACCUGAUGCAGAGCUUGGAGGGAACUCCUGUCCUGGUUCACGCUGGCCCCUUUGCCAACAUCAGCAUUGGCGCCAGCUCUGUCAUCGCCGACAAAUUGGCCUUGAAGCUUGCAGGUACCGAGCCGGAUGAGGACCAUGAUGCUCGCACUGGCUUCGUUGUCACUGAGGCUGGCUUCGAUUUCACGAUGGGCGGUGAGCGCUUCUUCAACAUCAAGUGCCGGUCCUCCGGUCUGUCUCCCGACACCGUGGUCAUUGUGGCUACCGUCCGUGCCUUGAAGGUUCAUGGUGGCGGCCCUGAGAUCACCCCUGGCGCUGCUCUGCCUGAAGUGUACCGCACUGAGAAUGUCGACAUCUUGCGCAAGGGUUGCAUCAACUUGAAGAAGCACAUUGAGAACGCUCGUCAGUACGGUGUGCCCGUGGUGGUGGCGAUCAACCGUUUCGAGACCGACACGGAGGCCGAGAUUGCUGUCAUUCGCGAAGAGGCCAUUGCGGCAGGAGCGGAGGACGCGGUCCCCGCCAACCACUGGGCCGAGGGCGGAGCCGGUGCGGUGGAUCUAGCCAAGAGCGUCCUCGUGUCUAGCUCUAAGCCCAAGGACUUCAAGCUCCUGUAUAACUUGGACGGCACCAUCCAGGAGCGGAUCGAGCGGAUUGGUAAGGCUAUGUAUGGUGCGGAGAAGGUCGAGUUCAGUGAAUUGGCCCAGAAGAAGGUCGACACAUACACUGCCCAAGGAUUCGGCAACCUCCCGAUUUGCAUUGCGAAGACGCAGUACUCGCUCAGUCACGACCCGGCUCUCAAGGGUGCCCCGACUGGCUUCACCGUCCCCAUUCGUGACGUUCGAUUGGCGGUUGGCGGUGGAUAUCUGUAUGCCCUUGCAGCAGACAUUCAGACCAUUCCGGGUCUGCCCACAGCCCCUGGUUAUUUGAAUGUGGAUAUCGAUCCCGAGACUGGGGAGAUUGACGGUCUCUUCUAGACGGGACGUUGGCAUGGGCGAGAGGCCCACUUCAGGAUCGGAAUUGCGGUCUCUGUAUAGAUUUCUUUCUCUGUUAUCUUCUUGAUAUAUUCAUGAUUUUGGACGAUAAAUUUACAACUACAACGGGCGCAGGAGCAUUGGAGGGAUCUAUUAUUUCAACAUCAAAAGCGUGGCUCAUUCAUCAGGGCCGGCGUCCCUCAGCUAGAAGGCUAGAGAAUAUACUACGCCCUCUUCAACAUAAUAGAAUGGAUGUGGAUGUGG